AGUUUAUCAUAAGAGUAUCAUAGAGCAGAAUUAUGCAUAUAUUUUCCCUCAAUUAAUAUGAUUGCACCAUUUCAAGCUGCACCAUGGCACAAGUAACUUUCGUGGUGUGUCUAUUUUUGAUCAAACAUUUCAUACAAAUUCAAGGUUUCAACUCUGUUAGACUUCGGGGACCAAGAAGUUCUAGUGGUAGUGGUCGUGUGGAAGUAUUUUAUAAUGGAGAAUGGGGAACAGUUUGUGAUGAUAGCUGGGAUUUAAACGAUGCUAAAGUUGUUUGUCGUCAACUUGGUCUUGGUGCAGCUAUUAGAGCUUUACAAGGAGGUAAUGUUCCUGAUGGCAGUGGACGAAUAUGGUUGGACGACGUUCGUUGUGUAGGAAAUGAAAACAAUAUUUCGAGUUGUUCACAUAGAGGAUGGGGAUCACAUAAUUGUGGACAUGAUGAGGAUGCUGGUGUACAAUGUUCAGUUGUCAACUCUGUUAGACUUCGGGGACCAAGAAGUUCUAGUGGCAGAGGUCGUGUGGAAGUAUUUUACAAUGGAGAAUGGGGAACAAUUUGUGAUGAUAGCUGGGAUUUAAAAGAUGCUGAAGUUGUUUGUCGUCAACUUGGUUAUGACUAUGCUGUCAGUGCUUUACAAGGAAGUCAUGUUCCUGAUGGCAGAGGACGAAUAUGGUUGGACAACGUUCGUUGUGUAGGAAAUGAAAACAAUAUUUCGAGUUGUUCACAUAGAGGAUGGGGAUCCCAUAAUUGUGGACAUAAUGAAGAUGCUGGUGUACAAUGUUCAGUUGUCAACUCUGUUAGACUUCGGGGACCAAGAAGUUCUAGUGGUAGUGGUCGUGUGGAAGUAUUUUAUAAUGGACAAUGGGGAACAGUUUGUGAUGAUAGCUGGGAUUUAAACGAUGCUAAAGUUGUUUGUCGUCAACUUGGUCUUGGUGCUGCUAUUAGAGCUUUACAAGGAGGUAAUGUUCCUGAUGGCAGAGGACGAAUAUGGUUGGACGACGUUCGUUGUGUAGGAAAUGAAAACAAUAUUUCGAGUUGUUCACAUAGAGGAUGGGGAUCACAUAAUUGUGGACAUGAUGAGGAUGCUGGUGUACAAUGUUCAGUCGUCAACUCUGUUAGACUUCGGGGACCAAGAAGUUCUAGUGGUAGAGGUCGUGUGGAAGUAUUUUACAAUGGAGAAUGGGGAACAAUUUGUGAUGAUAGCUGGGAUUUAAAAGAUGCUAAAGUUGUUUGUCGUCAACUUGGUUAUGACUAUGCUGUCAGUGCUUUACAAGGUGGUGAUGUUCCUGAUGGCCGUGGAAAAAUAUGGUCGGACGACGUUCGUUGUGUAGGAAAUGAAAAUAAUAUUUUAAGUUGUUCACAUAGAGGAUGGGGAACACAUAAUUGUAGACAUCAUGAAGAUGCUGGUGUACAAUGUUCAGUUGUAAACUCUGUUAGACUUCGGGGACCAAAACGUUCUAGUGGCAGAGGUCGUGUUGAAGUAUUUUACAAUGGAGAAUGGGGAACAAUUUGUGAUGAUAGCUGGGAUUUAAAAGAUGCUAAAGUUGUUUGUCGUCAACUUGGUUAUGACUAUGCUGUCAGCGCUUUAAAAGGAAGUUCUGUUCCUGAUGGCCGUGGAAAAAUAUGGUUGGAUAAUGUUCGUUGUGUAGGAAAUGAAAAUAAUAUUUCGAGUUGUUCACAUAGAGGAUGGGGAACACAUAAUUGUAGACAUCAUGAAGAUGCUGGUGUACAAUGUUCAGUCGUCAACUCUGUUAGACUUCGGGGACCAAGAAGUUAUAGUGGCAGAGGUCGUGUGGAAGUAUUUUACAAUGGAGAAUGGGGAACAAUUUGUGAUGAUAGCUGGGAUUUAAAAGAUGCUAAAGUUGUUUGUCGUCAACUUGGUUAUGACUAUGCUGUCAGUGCUUUACAAGGAAGUCAUGUUCCUGAUGGCAGAGGACGAAUAUGGUUGGACAACGUUCGUUGUGUAGGAAACGAAAACAAUAUUUCGAGUUGUUCACAUAGAGGAUGGGGAUACCAUAAUUGUGGACAUAAUGAAGAUGCUGGUGUACAAUGUUCAGUCGUCAACUCUGUCAGACUUCGGGGACCAAAAAGUUCUAGUGGUAGAGGUCGUGUGGAAGUAUUUUACGAUGGAGAAUGGGGAACAAUUUGUGAUGAUAGCUGGGAUUUAAAAGAUGCUAAAGUUGUUUGUCGUCAACUUGGUUAUGACUAUGCUGUCAGUGCUUUACAAGGAGGUAAUGUUCCUGAUGGCAGAGGACGAAUAUGGUUGGACGACGUUCGUUGUGUAGGAAAUGAAAAUAAUAUUUCGAGUUGUUCACAUAGAGGAUGGGGAUCCCAUAAUUGUAGACAUCAUGAAGAUGCUGGUGUACAAUGUUCAGGUUUCAACUCUGUUAGACUUCGGGGACCAAGAAGUUCUAGUGGUAGAGGUCGUGUGGAAGUAUUUUAUAACGGAGAAUGGGGAACAAUUUGUGAUGAUAGCUGGGAUUUAAACGAUGCUAAAGUUGUUUGUCGUCAACUUGGUCUUGGUGCAGCUAUUAGAGCUUUACAAGGAGGUAAUGUUCCUGAUGGCAGUGGACGAAUAUGGUUGGACGAUGUUCGUUGUGUAGGAAAUAAAAACAAUAUUUCGAGUUGUUCACAUAGAGGAUGGGGAUCACAUAAUUGUGGACAUGAUGAAGAUGCUGGUGUACAAUGUUCAGUCGUCAACUCUGUCAGACUUCGGGGACCAAAAAGUUCUAGUGGUAGAGGUCGUGUGGAAGUAUUUUACAAUGGAGAAUGGGGAACAAUUUGUGAUGAUAGCUGGGAUUUAAAAGAUGCUAAAGUUGUUUGUCGUCAACUUGGUUAUGACUAUGCUGUCAGUGCUUUACAAGGAGGUAAUGUUCCUGAUGGCAGAGGACGAAUAUGGUUAGACGACGUUCGUUGUGUAGGAAAUGAAAAUAAUAUUUCGAGUUGUUCACAUAGAGGAUGGGGAACACAUAAUUGUAGACAUCAUGAAGAUGCUGGUGUACAAUGCUCAGUUGUCAACUCUGUUAGACUUCGGGGACCAAAACGUUCUAGUGGCAGAGGUCGUGUGGAAGUAUUUUACAAUGGAGAAUGGGGAACAAUUUGUGAUGAUAGCUGGGAUUUAAAAGAUGCUAAAGUUGUUUGUCGUCAACUUGGUUAUAAGUAUGCUGUCAGUGCUUUACAAGGAGGUAAUGUUCCUGAUGGCAGUGGAAGAAUAUGGUUGGAUGAUGUUCGUUGUAUAGGAAAUGAAAAUAAUAUUUCCAGUUGUUCACAUAGAGGAUGGGGAUCCCAUAAUUGUGGACAUGAUGAAGAUGCUGGUGUACAAUGUUCAGGUUUCAACUCUGUCAGACUUCGGGGACCAAAAAGUUCUAGUGGCAGAGGUCGUGUGGAAGUAUUUUACAAUGGAGAAUGGGGAACAAUUUGUGAUGAUAGCUGGGAUUUAAAAGAUGCUAAAGUUGUUUGUCGUCAACUUGGUUAUGACUAUGCUGUCAGUGCUUUACAAGGUGGUGAUGUUCCUCAUGGCCGUGGAAAAAUAUGGUUGGAUAAUGUUCGUUGUGUAGGAAAUGAAAAUAAUAUUUCGAGUUGCUCACAUAGAGGAUGGGGAACACAUAAUUGUAGACAUUAUGAAGAUGCUGGUGUACAAUGUUCAGUCGUCAACUCUGUCAGACUUCGGGGACCAAAAAGUUCUAGUGGUAGAGGUCGUGUGGAAGUAUUUUACAAUGGAGAAUGGGGAACAAUUUGUGAUGAUAGCUGGGAUUUAAACGAUGCUAAAGUUGUUUGUCGUCAACUUGGUCUUGGUGGUGCUAUUAGAGCUUUACAAGGAUGUUAUGUUACUGAUGGCAGUGGACGAAUAUGGUUGGAUGAUGUUCGUUGUGUGGGAAAUGAGAGAAAUAUCGCCAGUUGUACACACAAUGGAUGGGGAUCACAUAAUUGUGGACAUCAUAAAGAUGCUGGUGUAGAAUGUUCAGUUGUAAACUCUGUUAGACUUCGGGGACCAAAACGUUCUAGUGGCAGAGGUCGUGUGGAAGUAUUUUACAAUGGAGAAUGGGGAACAAUUUGUGAUGAUAGCUGGGAUAUAAAAGAUGCUAAAGUUGUUUGUCGUCAACUUGGUUAUAAGUAUGCUGUCAGUGCUUUACAAGGAGGUAAUGUUCCUGAUGGCAGUGGAAGAAUAUGGUUAGAUGACGUUCGUUGUGUAGGAAAUGAAAAUAAUAUUUCCAGUUGUUCACAUAGAGGUUGGGGAACACAUGAUUGUGGACAUGAUGAAGAUGCUGGUGUACAAUGUUCAGGUUUCAACUCUGUCAGACUUCGGGGACCAAAAAGUUCUAGUGGCAGAGGUCGUGUGGAAGUAUUUUACAAUGGAGAAUGGGGAACAAUUUGUGAUGAUAGCUGGGAUUUAAAAGAUGCUAAAGUUGUUUGUCGUCAACUUGGUUAUGACUAUGCUGUCAGUGCUUUACAAGGUGGUGAUGUUCCUCAUGGCCGUGGAAAAAUAUGGUUGGAUAAUGUUCGUUGUGUAGGAAAUGAAAAUAAUAUUUCGAGUUGCUCACAUAGAGGAUGGGGAACACAUAAUUGUAGACAUUAUGAAGAUGCUGGUGUACAAUGUUCAGUUGUAAACUCUGUUAGACUUCGGGGACCAAAAAGUUCUAGUGGUAGAGGUCGUGUGGAAGUAUUUUACAAUGGAGAAUGGGGAACAAUUUGUGAUGAUAGCUGGGAUUUAAAAGAUGCUAAAGUUGUUUGUCGUCAACUUGGUCUUGGUGGUGCUAUUAGAGCUUUACAAGGAUGUUAUGUUACUGAUGGCAGUGGACGAAUAUGGUUGGAUGAUGUUCGUUGUGUGGGAAAUGAGAGAAAUAUCGCCAGUUGUACACACAAUGGAUGGGGAUCACAUAAUUGUGGACAUCAUAAAGAUGCUGGUGUAGAAUGUUCAGAUAUUGAUGAAUGUUCUCUUUCUAUCGACGAUUGUCAUGAAAAUUCAACCUGUGUGAACACAAAUGGAUCGUAUCUAUGUAAUUGCAAUGUUGGUUAUUCUGGAAAUGGAACAGUUUGUGAAGAUAUUGAUGAAUGUUCUCUUUCUAUUGACAAUUGUCAUCUAAACUCAACCUGUGUUAACACAAAUGGAUCGUAUUUAUGUAAUUGCAAUGUUGGUUAUUCUGGGAAUGGAACAGUUUGUAAAGACAUCAACGAAUGUUCUUUUUCUAUUGAUAACUGUCAUCAAAAUGCAACGUGCAUCAACACAAUUGGAUCCUUUACAUGUAAAUGUAACCCAGGAUAUUUUGGAAAUGGAACAAUGUGUACAAAAAACCCACCACCAGUCAGACUUCAGGGACCGAGAAGUUCAAAUGGAACUGGUCGUGUGGAAGUAUACUAUAAUGGAGAGUGGGGAACAAUUUGUGAUGAUAGCUGGGAUUUAAGAGAUGCUGAAGUUAUUUGUCGUCAACUUGGUUAUGACUAUGCUGUCAGUGCUUUACAAGGAAGUAAUGUUCCUGAUGGCAGUGGACGAAUAUGGUUGGAUGAUGUUCGAUGUGUAGGAAAUGAAAGUAAUAUUUCAAGUUGUUCACAUAGAGGAUGGGGAUCACAUAAUUGUGGACAUCAUGAAGAUGCUGGUGUACAAUGUUCAGUUGUAAACUCUGUUAGACUUCGGGGACCAAAACGUUCUAGUGGCAGAGGUCGUGUGGAAGUAUUUUACAAUGGAGAAUGGGGAACAAUUUGUGAUGAUAGCUGGGAUAUAAAAGAUGCUAAAGUUGUUUGUCGUCAACUUGGUUAUAAGUAUGCUGUCAGUGCUUUACAAGGAGGUAAUGUUCCUGAUGGCAGUGGAAGAAUAUGGUUGGAUGACGUUCGUUGUGUAGGAAAUGAAAAUAAUAUUUCCAGUUGUUCACAUAGAGGAUGGGGAACACAUAAUUGUGGACAUGAUGAAGAUGCUGGUGUACAAUGUUCAGGUUUCAACUCUGUCAGACUUCGGGGACCAAAAAGUUCUAGUGGCAGAGGUCGUGUGGAAGUAUUUUACAAUGGAGAAUGGGGAACAAUUUGUGAUGAUAGCUGGGAUUUAAAAGAUGCUAAAGUUGUUUGUCGUCAACUUGGUUAUGACUAUGCUGUCAGUGCUUUACAAGGAGGUAAUGUUCCUGAUGGCAGAGGACGAAUAUGGUUGGAUGAUGUUCGUUGUGUGGGAAAUGAAAAUAAUAUUUCGAGUUGUUCACAUAGAGGAUGGGGAUCACAUAAUUGUAGACAUGAUGAAGAUGCUGGUGUACAAUGUUCAGUUGUCAACUCUGUUAGACUUCGGGGACCAAAAAGUUCUAGUGGCAGAGGUCGUGUUGAAGUAUUUUACAAUGGAGAAUGGGGAACAAUUUGUGAUGAUAGCUGGGAUUUAAAAGAUGCUAAAGUUGUUUGUCGUCAACUUGGUUAUGACUAUGCUGUCAGUGCUUUACAAGGUGGUGAUGUUCCUGAUGGCAGAGGACAAAUAUGGUUGGAUGACGUUCGUUGUGUAGGAAAUGAAAAUAAUAUUUCGAGUUGUUCACAUAGAGGAUGGGGAUCCCAUAAUUGUGGACAUAAUGAAGAUGCUGGUGUACAAUGUUCAGUUGUCAACUCUGUUAGACUUCGGGGACCAAAAAUUUCUAGUGGCAGAGGUCGUGUUGAAGUAUUUUACAAUGGAGAAUGGGGAACAAUUUGUGAUGAUAGCUGGGAUUUAAACGAUGCUAAAGUUGUUUGUCGUCAACUUGGUUAUGACUGUGCUGUCAGUGCUUUACAAGGAAGUAAUGUUCCUGAUGGCAGAGGACGAAUAUGGUUAGACGACGUUCGUUGUGUAGGAAAUGAAAAUAAUAUUUCGAGUUGUUCACAUAGAGGAUGGGGAACACAUAAUUGUAGACAUCAUGAAGAUGCUGGUGUACAAUGUUCAGGAAUUAAUGCAAACUGCAACUUUGAUAGUGGAAACAUUUGCAACUUUCGAAAUGGUGGGGGGAAAUUCAACUGGACGAUUAAUACUGGACCAACAUCGAGUUAUGGCACAGGUCCCAGGAAUGACACAAGUGGAUCUGGUUACUAUCUCUACAUUGAAACAUCAAAUCCGCGUCAAUAUGGAGAUAAAGCAACUGUUUUAACACCAUACUUAUAUGGUGAACAAUGUAUGAAGUUCGCCUACCAUAUGUACGGCAGCAGUAUUGGUUCUCUCAACAUUUACGCUGGUAGUCAAAUGAUUUUUAAGAAAUCAGGAAAUCAAGGCAACAUAUGGGUGUUUGUGGAACAAUUCAUUCGUCUGAAUGGAAGUUAUAUGGUGAAAUUUGAAGGUGUUCGCGGUCUCAGUUUCCAAGGUGACAUUGCAAUUGAUGCAAUCAGUUUUACACCAGGCAGAUGUUCUUUAAAAACAUCAAAGCCAACAUCACAAUCUACACAAACACCGACAAGACCUUCGGUGCAAACAGCAAACUGCAGUUUUGAUAAUGGAAAUAUUUGCAACUUUCGCAAUGGUGCGGGGGAAUUUAAUUGGACAGUUUACAGAGGUUCUACACCUAGUUGGCAUACAGGUCCCAGGAAUGACACAAGUGGAUCUGGUUACUAUCUCUACAUUGAAACAUCAAGUCCACGUCAAUAUGGAGAUAAAGCAACUGUUUUAACACCAUACUUAUAUGGUGAACAAUGUAUGAAGUUCGCCUACCAUAUGUACGGCAGCAGUAUUGGUUCUCUCAACAUUUACGCUGGUAGUCAAAUGAUUUUUAAGAAAUCAGGAAAUCAAGGCAACAUAUGGGUGUUUGUGGAACAAUUCAUUCGUCUGAAUGGAAGUUAUAUGGUGAAAUUUGAAGGUGUUCGCGGUCUCAGUUUCCAAGGUGACAUUGCAAUUGAUGCAAUCAGUUUUAAACCAGGCAGAUGCUCUUUGAAAACAUCUACGCCAACAACACAUUCUACCCAAUUUUUUACGAAACCCUUGGUACAAACAGCGAACUGCAACUUUGAUAGUGGAAACAUUUGCAACUUUAACAACGGCGCAGGGGAAUUCAACUGGACGAUUAACACUGGACCAACAUCGAGUUAUGGCACAGGUCCCAGCAAUGACACAAGUGGAUCUGGUUACUAUCUCUACAUUGAAACAUCAAGUCCGCGUCGAAAUGGAGAUAAAGCAACUGUUUUAACACCAUACUUAUAUGGUGAACAAUGUAUGAAGUUUGCCUACCAUAUGUACGGCAGCAGUAUUGGUUCUCUCAAAAUUUACGCUGGUAGUCAAAUGAUUUUUAAGAAAUCAGGAAAUCAAGGCAACAUAUGGGUGUUUGUGGAAAAAUUCAUUCGUCUAAAUGGAAGUUAUAUGGUAAAAUUUGAAGGUGUUCGCGGUCUCAGUUUCCAAGGUGACAUUGCAAUCGAUGCAAUCAGUUUUAAACCAGGCAGAUGCUCUUCGAAAACAUCUACGCCAACAACACAUUCUACCCAAUUUUUUACGAAACCUUUGGUACAAACAGCGAACUGCAACUUUGAUAGUGGAAACAUUUGCAACUUUAACAACGGCGCAGGGGAAUUCAACUGGACGAUUAACACUGGACCAACAUCGAGUUAUGGCACAGGUCCCAGCAAUGACACAAGUGGAUCUGGUUACUAUCUCUACAUUGAAACAUCAAGUCCGCGUCGAAAUGGAGAUAAAGCAACUGUUUUAACACCAUACUUAUAUGGUGAACAAUGUAUGAAGUUUGCCUACCAUAUGUACGGCAGCAGUAUUGGUUCUCUCAAAAUUUACGCUGGUAGUCAAAUGAUUUUUAAGAAAUCAGGAAAUCAAGGCAACAUAUGGGUGUUUGUGGAAAAAUUCAUUCGUCUAAAUGGAAGUUAUAUGGUAAAAUUUGAAGGUGUUCGGGGUCUCAGUUUCCAAGGUGACAUUGCAAUCGAUGCAAUCAGUUUUAAACCAGGCAGAUGCUCUUCGAAAACAUCUACGCCAACAAUACAUUCUACCCAAUUUUUUACGAAACCUUUGGUACAAACAGCGAACUGCAACUUUGAUAGUGGAAACAUUUGCAACUUUAACAACGGCGCAGGGGAAUUCAAAUGGACGAUUAACACUGGACCAACAUCGAGUUAUGGCACAGGUCCCAGCAAUGACACAAGUGGAUCUGGUUACUAUCUCUACAUUGAAACAUCAAGUCCGCGUCGAAAUGGAGAUAAAGCAACUGUUUUAACACCAUACUUAUAUGGUGAACAAUGUAUGAAGUUUGCCUACCAUAUGUACGGCAGCAGUAUUGGUUCUCUCAAAAUUUACGCUGGUAGUCAAAUGAUUUUUAAGAAAUCAGGAAAUCAAGGCAACAUAUGGGUGUUUGUGGAAAAAUUCAUUCGUCUAAAUGGAAGUUAUAUGGUAAAAUUUGAAGGUGUUCGGGGUCUCAGUUUCCAAGGUGACAUUGCAAUCGAUGCAAUCAGUUUUAAACCAGGCAGAUGCUCUUCGAAAACAUCUACGCCAACAACACAUUCUACCCAAUUUUUUACGAAACCUUUGGUACAAACAGUUGUCAACUCUGUUAGACUUCGGGGACCAAAAAGUUCUAGUGGCAGAGGUCGUGUUGAAGUAUUUUACAAUGGAGAAUGGGGAACAAUUUGUGAUGACAGCUGGGAUUUAAAAGAUGCUAAAGUUGUUUGUCGUCAACUUGGUUAUGACUAUGCUGUCAGUGCUUUACAAGGAGGUAAUGUUCCUGAUGGCAGAGGACAAAUAUGGUUGGACGACGUUCGUUGUGUAGGAAAUGAAAAUAAUAUUUCGAGUUGUUCACAUAGUGGAUGGGGAUCGCAUGAUUGUAGACAUUAUGAAGAUGCUGGUGUACAAUGUUCAGUUGUCAACUCUGUUAGACUUCGGGGACCAAAAAGUUCUAGUGGCAGAGGUCGUGUGGAAGUAUUUUACAAUGGAGAAUGGGGAACAAUCUGUGAUGAUAGCUGGGAUUUAAAAGAAGCUAAAGUUGUUUGUCGUCAACUUGGUUAUGACUAUGCUGUCAGUGCUUUACAAGGAGGUAAUGUUCCUGAUGGCAGUGGACAAAUAUGGUUGGACGACGUUCGUUGUGUAGGAAAUGAAAAUAAUAUUUCGAGUUGUUCACAUAGAGGAUGGGGAACACAUAAUUGUGGACAUCAUGAAGAUGCUGGUGUACAAUGUUCAGUUGUCAACUCUGUCAGACUUCGGGGACCAAAAAGUUCUAGUGGCAGAGGUCGUGUGGAAGUAUUUUACAAUGGAGAAUGGGGAACAAUUUGUGAUGAUAGCUGGGAUUUAAAAGAUGCUAAAGUUGUUUGUCGUCAACUUGGUUAUGACUAUGCUGUCAGCGCUUUAAAAGGAAGUUCUGUUCCUGAUGGCCGUGGAAAAAUAUGGUUGGAUGAUGUUCGUUGCGUAGGAAAUGAAAAUAAUAUUUCGAGUUGUUCACAUAGAGGAUGGGGAACACAUAAUUGUGGACAUCAUGAAGAUGCUGGUGUACAAUGUUCAGUUGUCAACUCUGUUAGACUUCGGGGACCAAAAAGUUCUAGUGGCAGAGGUCGUGUGGAAGUAUUUUACAAUGGAGAAUGGGGAACAAUUUGUGAUGAUAGCUGGGAUUUAAAAGAUGCUAAAGUUGUUUGUCGUCAACUUGGUUAUGACUAUGCUGUCAGUGCUUUACAAGGAGGUAAUGUUCCUGAUGGCAGAGGACAAAUAUGGUUGGACGACGUUCGUUGUGUAGGAAAUGAAAAUAAUAUUUCGAGUUGUUCACAUAGUGGAUGGGGAUCACAUAAUUGUGGACAUGAUGAAGAUGCUGGUGUACAAUGUUCAGUUGUCAACUCUGUCAGACUUCGGGGACCAAAAAGUUCUAGUGGUAGAGGUCGUGUGGAAGUAUUUUACAAUGGAGAAUGGGGAACAAUUUGUGAUGAUAGCUGGGAUUUAAAAGAUGCUAAAGUUGUUUGUCUUCAACUUGGUUAUGACUAUGCUGUCAGCGCUUUAAAAGGAAGUUCUGUUCCUGAUGGCCGUGGAAAAAUAUGGUUGGAUGAUGUUCGUUGCGUAGGAAAUGAAAAUAAUAUUUCGAGUUGUUCACAUAGAGGAUGGGGAACACAUAAUUGUGGACAUCAUGAAGAUGCUGGUGUACAAUGUUCAGUUGUCAACUCUGUUAGACUUCGGGGACCAAAAAGUUCUAGUGGCAGAGGUCGUGUUGAAGUAUUUUUCAAUGGAGAAUGGGGAACAAUUUGUGAUGAUAGCUGGGAUUUAAAAGAUGCUAAAGUUGUUUGUCGUCAACUUGGUCUUGGCGCAGCUACUAGUGCUUUACAAGGAAGUCAUGUUCCUGAUGGCAGUGGACGAAUAUGGUUAGACGACGUUCGUUGCGUAGGAAAUGAAAAUAAUAUUUCGAGUUGUUCACAUAGAGGAUGGGGAUCACAUAAUUGUGAACAUGAUGAAGAUGCUGGUGUACAAUGUUCAGUUGUCAACUCUGUUAGACUUCGGGGACCAAAAAGUUCUAGUGGCAGAGGUCGUGUUGAAGUAUUUUACAAUGGAGAAUGGGGAACAAUUUGUGAUGAUAGCUGGGAUUUAAAAGAUGCUAAAGUUGUUUGUCGUCAACUUGGUCUUGGUGCAGCUACUAGUGCUUUACAAGGAAGUCAUGUUCCUGAUGGCAGUGGACGAAUAUGGUUGGACGACGUUCGUUGUGUAGGAAAUGAAAAUACAAUUUCGAGUUGUUCACAUAGAGGAUGGGGAUCACAUAAUUGUGGACAUAAUGAAGAUGCUGGUGUACAAUGUUCAGUUGUCAACUCUGUUAGACUUCGGGGACCAAAAAGUUCUAGUGGCAGAGGUCGUGUGGAAGUAUUUUACAAUGGAGAAUGGGGAACAAUCUGUGAUGAUAGCUGGGAUUUAAAAGAUGCUAAAGUUGUUUGUCGUCAGCUUGGUUAUGACUAUGCUGUCAGUGCUUUACAAGGAGGUAAUGUUCCUGAUGGCAGUGGACGAAUAUGGUUGGACGACGUUCGUUGUGUAGGAAAUGAAAAUAAUAUUUCGAGUUGUUCACAUAGUGGAUGGGGAUCACAUAAUUGUGGACAUGAUGAAGAUGCUGGUGUACAAUGUUCAGUUGUCAACUCUGUUAGACUUCGGGGACCAAAAAGUUCUAGUGGCAGAGGUCGUGUUGAAGUAUUUUACAAUGGACAAUGGGGAACAAUUUGUGAUGAUAGCUGGGAUAUAAAAGAUGCUAAAGUUGUUUGUCGUCAACUUGGUCUUGGUGCAGCUACUAGUGCUUUACAAGGAAGUCAUGUUCCUGAUGGCAGUGGACGAAUAUGGUUGGACGACGUUCGUUGUGUAGGAAAUGAAAAUAAUAUUUCGAGUUGUUCACAUAGUGGAUGGGGAUCACAUAAUUGUGGACAUGAUGAAGAUGCUGGUGUACAAUGUUCAGUUGUCAACUCUGUUAGACUUCGGGGACCAAAAAGUUCUAGUGGCAGAGGUCGUGUUGAAGUAUUUUACAAUGGACAAUGGGGAACAAUUUGUGAUGAUAGCUGGGAUAUAAAAGAUGCUAAAGUUGUUUGUCGUCAACUUGGUCUUGGUGCAGCUACUAGUGCUUUACAAGGAGGUAAUGUUCCUGAUGGCAGUGGACGAAUAUGGUUGGAUGACGUUCGUUGUGUAGGAAAUGAAAAUAAUAUUUCGAGUUGUUCACAUAGAGGAUGGGGAUCACAUAAUUGUACACAUGAGGAAGAUGCUGGUGUACAAUGUUCAGUCGUCAACUCUGUUAGACUUCGGGGACCAAAAAGUUCUAGUGGUAGAGGUCGUGUGGAAGUUUUUUACAAUGGAGAAUGGGGAACAAUUUGUGAUGAUAGCUGGGAUUUAAAAGAUGCUAAAGUUGUUUGUCUUCAACUUGGUUAUGACUAUGCUGUCAGUGCUUUACAAGGUGGUGAUGUUCCUGAUGGCAGUGGACGAAUAUGGUUGGAUGAUGUUCGUUGCGUAGGAAAUGAAAAUAAUAUUUCGAGUUGUUCACAUAGUGGAUGGGGAUCACAUAAUUGUGGACAUGAUGAAGAUGCUGGUGUACAAUGUUCAGUUGUCAACUCUGUUAGACUUCGGGGACCAAAGAGUUCUAGUGGUAGAGGUCGUGUGGAAGUAUUUUACAAUGGAGAAUGGGGAACAAUUUGUGAUGAUAGCUGGGAUUUAAAAGAUGCUAAAGUUGUUUGUCGUCAACUUGGUUAUGAAUAUGCUGUCAGUGCUUUACAAGGUGGUGAUGUUCCUGAUGGCAGAGGACAAAUAUGGUUGGACGACGUUCGUUGUGUAGGAAAUGAAAAUAAUAUUUCGAGUUGUUCACAUAGUGGAUGGGGAUCCCAUAAUUGUGGACAUGAUGAAGAUGCUGGUGUACAAUGUUCAGUUGUCAACUCUGUUAGACUUCGGGGAUCAAAACGUUCUAGUGGCAGAGGUCGUGUUGAAGUAUUUUACAAUGGAGAAUGGGGAACAAUUUGUGAUAAUAGCUGGGAUAUAAAAGAUGCUAAAGUUGUUUGUCGUCAACUUGGUCUUGGUGAAGCUACUAGUGCUUUACAAGGAAGUCAUGUUCCUGAUGGCAGUGGACGAAUAUGGUUGGAUGACGUUCGUUGUGUAGGAAAUGAAAAUAAUAUUUUGAGUUGUUCACAUGGAGGAUGGGGAACACAUAAUUGUACACAUUAUGAAGAUGCUGGUGUACAAUGUUCAGUUGUCAACUCUGUUAGACUUCGGGGACCAAAAAGUUCUAGUGGCAGAGGUCGUGUGGAAGUAUUUUACAAUGGAGAAUGGGGAACAAUUUGUGAUGAUAGCUGGGAUUUAAAAGAUGCUGAAGUUGUUUGUCGUCAACUUGGUUAUGACUAUGCUGUCAGUGCUUUACAAGGUGGUGAUGUUCCUGAUGGCAGAGGACAAAUAUGGUUGGACGACGUUCGUUGUGUAGGAAAUGAAAAUAAUAUUUCGAGUUGUUCACAUAGUGGAUGGGGAUCCCAUAAUUGUGGACAUGAUGAAGAUGCUGGUGUACAAUGUUCAGUUGUCAACUCUGUUAGACUUCGGGGACCAAAAAGUUCUAGUGGUAGAGGUCGUGUUGAAGUAUUUUACAAUGGAGAAUGGGGAACAAUUUGUGAUGAUAGCUGGGAUUUAAACGAUGCUAAAGUUGUUUGUCGUCAACUUGGUUAUGACUAUGCUGUCAGUGCUUUACAAGGAGGUAAUGUUCCUGAUGGCAGUGGACGAAUAUGGUUAGACGACGUUCGUUGUGUAGGAAAUGAAAAUAAUAUUUCGAGUUGUUCACAUAGUGGAUGGGGAUCACAUAAUUGUGGACAUAAUGAAGAUGCUGGUGUACAAUGUUCAGUUUUCAACUAUGUUAGACUUCGGGGACCAAAAAGUUCUAGUGGCAGAGGUCGUGUUGAAGUAUUUUACAAUGGAGAAUGGGGAACAAUCUGUGAUGAUAGCUGGGAUUUAAAAGAUGCUAAAGUUGUUUGUCGUCAACUUCGUUAUGACUAUGCUGUCAGCGCUUUAAAAGGAAGUUCUGUUCCUGAUGGCAGUGGACGAAUAUGGUUGGAUGAUGUUCGUUGUGUAGGAAAUGAAAAUAAUAUUUCGAGUUGUUCACAUAGAGGAUGGGGAACACAUAAUUGUACACAUUAUAAAGAUGCUGGUGUACAAUGUUCAGUUGUCAACUCUGUUAGACUUCGGGGACCAAAAAGUUCUAGUGGUAGAGGUCGUGUGGAAGUAUUUUACAAUGGAGAAUGGGGAACAAUUUGUGAUGAUAGCUGGGAUUUAAAAGAUGCUAAAGUUGUUUGUCGUCAACUUGGUUAUGAAUAUGCUGUCAGUGCUUUACAAGGUGGUGAUGUUCCUGAUGGCAGAGGACAAAUAUGGUUGGACGACGUUCGUUGUGUAGGAAAUGAAAAUAAUAUUUCGAGUUGUUCACAUAGUGGAUGGGGAUCCCAUAAUUGUGGACAUGAUGAAGAUGCUGGUGUACAAUGUUCAGUUGUCAACUCUGUUAGACUUCGGGGACCAAAACGUUCUAGUGGCAGAGGUCGUGUUGAAGUAUUUUACAAUGGAGAAUGGGGAACAAUUUGUGAUGAUAGCUGGGAUUUAAACGAUGCUGAAGUUUUUUGUCGUCAACUUGGUUAUGACUAUGCUGUCAGUGCUUUACAAGGAGGUAAUGUUCCUGAUGGCAGUGGACGAAUAUGGUUAGACGACGUUCGUUGUGUAGGAAAUGAAAAUAAUAUUUCGAGUUGUUCACAUAGUGGAUGGGGAUCACAUAAUUGUGGACAUAAUGAAGAUGCUGGUGUACAAUGUUCAGUUUUCAAAUCUGUUAGACUUCGGGGACCAAAAAGUUCUAGUGGCAGAGGUCGUGUGGAAAUAUUUUACAAUGGAGAAUGGGGAACAAUUUGUGAUGAUAGCUGGGAUUUAAAAGAUGCUAAAGUUGUUUGUCGUCAACUGGGUUAUGACUAUGCUGUAAGCGCUUUAAAAGGAAGUUCUGUUCCUGAUGGCAGUGGACGAAUAUGGUUGGAUGAUGUUCGUUGUGUAGGAAGUGAAAAUAAUAUUUUGAGUUGUUCACAUGGAGGAUGGGGAACACAUAAUUGUACACAUUAUGAAGAUGCUGGUGUACAAUGUUCAGGAAUUAAUGAGUGCCUGCAAAAUAAACAUAACUGUGGAAAUAACUCAAACUGUAUAAACACAAUUGGUAGUUUCAUCUGUGUUUGCCAUCAUGGUUUUUCAGGAAACGGAGAAAAUUGUUCAGCAAACUGCAACUUUGAUAAUGGAAACAUUUGCAACUUUAACAACGGCGCAGGGGAAUUCAACUGGACGAUUAACACUGGACCAACAUUGAGCUAUGACACAGGUCCCAGCAAUGACACAAGUGGAUCUGGUUACUAUCUCUACAUUGAAACAUCAAGUCCACGUCAACAUGGAGAUAAAGCAACUGUUUUAACACCAUACUUAAAUGGUGAACAAUGUAUGAAGUUUGCCUAUCAUAUGUACGGCAGCAGUAUUGGUUCUCUCAACAUUUACGCUGGUAGUCAAAUGAUUUUUAAGAAAUCAGGAAAUCAAGGCAACAUAUGGGUGUUUGUGGAAAAAUUCAUUCGUCUAAAUGGAAGUUAUAUGGUAAAAUUUGAAGGUGUUCGCGGUCUCAGUUUCCAAGGUGACAUUGCAAUCGAUGCAAUCAGUUUUAAACCAGGCAGAUGCUCUUUGAAAACACCAAAGCCAACAACACAAUCUACAUAAAAACCUAGGAAACUUUCGGUACAAACGUGUUAUGCAAAAA